AUGGCUCUACGGACUCUCCUUCGAACGCUUCCGGCGUUGCGACCACUGCUCAUUCAACCCGCAUCGAGAGCUCUCUAUCACUCCUACGAGCACGUCGAGCCACCUCCGUAUCGCGAGACCGAGUCCGCAAUUCUCUCCUCUGCUCUGGCGCAUGUUCCUGUCCAUGGCUUCACGCAGCAAGCCUUGACACUCGGAGCGAAAGAUGCAGGCUACUUGGACAUUUCCACAAAUCUGUUCCCCAGAGGAGCAUACGAUCUGGUGCUAUACCAUCUCGUGUCCCAAAGACUCGCUCUGAAGGAUCGCAUACAUUUCUCGGAGGACAUCGGUGUGGGCCGCAAGGUCCGUAGCCUCAUAUUGGAGCGCCUACGUGCGAAUGUGGACGCAGGCGUCGUUGGACGGUGGCAAGAAGCAUUGGGUCUGAUGUCCCUUGCAGAGAAUAUACCACCGUCUCUGAAAGAGCUGGGCCUAUUGGCUGAUGAGAUGUGGUUUCUGGCUGGGGAUGUCUCGGUGGAUGCCUCGUGGUAUACGAAGAGAGCUUCUUUGAGUGGAAUCUAUGCUACGACUGAAGUCUUUCAGACAACAGAUCAGAGCACGGAUUUCAAGGACACAGAGGAGUUUCUCGAUCGUCGGAUGGAGGAGCUGAGGACCGUCGCAGGAGCCAUGAGCAGUACAUUGGAAUGGCUGGGCUUUCAGGGAGGUGCAAUGGUCAAUUUACUGAGGAAUAAGGGAGUAAGAAUAUGAGGAAGAUAAUAUACUACUAGGGACUCAUUUGUCACCCAUUGCUUCUCUGUCGGAUCUGACAGCUUCGCUAGCGGACUUUUGGAGAGCAUUCUUAUCGAGACAUGCUGAAUAAUACCUGCUGCUCACAACCGAGACACAUUCGCAAGGACCCGGAUCAAUGCAUGGCAAAGAUGGCCAAGAUCGGCCAGACCAAGUCUACUGCACCACCCCCAUUCCGAUUCCAGGACCUCCCAUCCGAGCUUCGUCUGUCAGUGCACCGUGAGCUACUGGUCCGCGGCGACUUCGAUUCGGAACCUCGCUAUCCGGCCAUCACCACUGUCUCAAAAGCCAAUUAA